GUAUCAACAUGCUUACACGCAAUAUUUGAAAACUGACUAAAGUAUGGUGCACGUGCAUGUGAUGUGAAUAUUUCCAUGCAGUGAUGUGAAAUAAAGGUUUUAAUUCUGAUUUUACAAUUAAAAUGCUUAACCCGGAAGUAUGGAGUUUUAAACCACCUCAACAUCAUUUUUCAAUUGAAAAAAGGAAUUACCAGAAAACUGAUAUACCAAAUACAGUUGAAUCGCAUUAUUUUAACCAUUCGAUAUCUUUGGUGCUUCCUGACACGGUCAGAAUUCCGGAUGAAUUGCAGACUUGCAUUUCGGAGGAUACCGACUACUAUCGAAUUAAUGAAGUUAACGUGUUUGAUUUAAUAAACAAAGAAUUUAUAGAGGCAUUUGUUAAGAAAGGAGAAUUAAGUCUCUUGACAAUUGAAAAUAAGAUAGAUGUGGACAAUUCAGUUGCCAUUACACCAACUGGGCAUUUGAUACUAUCGCUAUUAAGAGAAGAUUUUCAAAAGCUUGGCUUAGAAGGCACAGUUUCCUUCUUUGAUCGUAAAGUGCAUACACGUUAUGUCGUGACUAUUGAUUUAAAUUCUGAAAGCUUUACACCUGGCAAGAAGAAUUACGAGCAUACUCGAACGUCGUUAAAGGAGCGUUUUAAACAAAAAUUUGAUAUAAUCGUAUCAUGGAAUCCACCAGAUGAAAAUCUAUGCCCAUCAUCGGUAGCGGCAUGGUUUCACGAACGUCAGUACGAUGUCUUUCUAUGUCAUCAAACCUUUCAACAAAAUAUCGAGUAUUCUCUAAGGAUACCAAUACUUUCAGAAGAAUCUAGUAACGAUCAAUUCUUCGAAUGGCUUGGAGUUUUUAAUAUUUCUGGUAACUUGAAAAAUAGUAAUGAAAAUGAUUAUGUAAAUACGUACACUUGUCCAUCACCAUUUAUGGAUGUUGGACAAGUGCAAUAUCUACAAUGGACUGGCUUUUUUACAAGGAAGCAAGUGACAAAUUCAUAUAAUGCCAUAAAAAAAUAUGUGUCAGUGCAACAGACUUUACCAUGGUGUGCUUUACAUGUACAAGGAUUUUUAGAUAGCCCUGUUAGCUGGGGUUUGAAAGAACAUUCGUUUUACACAGAUGGUGAUAAUAGUUAUACCAUAGUAUUUCGUCCAACUGCUGAUUCUAUUAUACGAAGAAGUCUUAGUUCCAAUAAUAAACCAAGAUAUUUUCAAUAAUUAUACACCUUACUGUACAUUAUUCGAUGGUAUAAAUAAAAAGUUUUUAUGCGAAGAAA